AUGAAGCUCUUCGCCCUGAAAUCUAUAGUUUCGCUCAUUGCUUUAGCCAGGUUCUCGUUUCAAGAAAGCGUUCCUGCUGUUCUCGGCAGCCAUAAGCUAGCAGCUGGAUUAUUGGAAUACCAGGUACAAUAUGAUAACUCGAACGUUUUAUCGCAGGAUUCGUUUGUUAAUGUUGCUGAAAAGAUGAUAUCGAGGCAUCGAUCCGAUGCUUAUUUAUUCGUCAACAUACCGGGGCUUACAGUUUCUGACUUUGCUCAGUAUCACACACAGCUUGAAUCGCUGGAGAAAGUCCUAAAGUUGAGCUCCACUGCCCUCAGGUUCGAAGAUGUGGAAGUGGAGCGCACAUGGGAGGACGUUUUCGACAAGUUGAUCUCAUUCGCAGAAGAAGAAUGGGACAUUACAGAUCGUAUAGAGGUCCGUGACAACCACAUGGAGUCAUUUCAACGGUAUAUCGACUGGAGGCCGAGGACUAUCCGCAUUGACUUCGACGAAAUACCGUCGGAAAAUAAAGGCGAGUAUUUUGGGUAUUGUGACCAAGUUCUAAGGCAUGUGCUAGGGCAACUUCCCACUGCAGACAACACAAUAAUUCUGACGUCUCUGGUGUCACAAAAUAACACAGCAGUGGCACCAGCUGGCAGCCAUGAAGCCACCGGCUUGACACGUAUUUUCCCCGACGUAUUCGAAGAUCCUCAAAAGAAGGCUGACAUCGAGAAAAACGCGCAGAAGGUUCAGAAAAGACAUGUACUAAAUGCACCCAAGCCCAGAUUCACUGGAAUGGAGGACACUUACCUGAGUGUUUUCGAUACCGAUUUUCUUGACCAGAACUGCACUAUUAUCGAGCUUAUUGUCCUAUCGCCUCUCGCAUAUGCAAUUCUGCAGCUUGCAACACGGGGAUUGGCUUGGCGAUCGAGCCAAACCAGACGUAAGGUGCCUGAACAAAAGAAGAAUCAGUGA